AUGGAGUCGGACUCUUCGAGCUCGAUGGCUCUACCGAGUGCGAAAUGGGCCUCCUUUGAUCCCUGGAACUAUGGGGGGAUGAAAGAGCGGCUGGAGGGGAUUAUCGCAAAGCUUGAUGCAGCUGUUUUGGUGGACCACGCGCAGCAGAUUCUCGAACAGACUGUGACACUCAGCAAACCCUUCUCAGCGGGACAAUAUUGGAUUUGCUUUGAGCUUGUGGCCGAAGACAAACGUCUUGUCAUUGCACGGGUCCGCCUACCACGACACCCUGACACGCCUUUGGCCCUCAGCGACGAGGAUGAACAGUACGCCAUUGGCUGCGAAGUGGCGACGAUGAGCCAUGUCAGAAAGCAUCUUCCAGAUGUCAAGAUUCCCACAGUGUACGCUUACGAACCCGCUGGGUCGCACUCGGCCUCUGCUCUCGGUGCUCCGUACAUGCUUAUUGAAGGCUUCUACGGGAACACACUCCAGGAUGUCGAGUUUGACAUGUGCAAUCUUCCUGCCAGUGCCUCUCCAUGCUUUCUCUCCCUCUCGCAUCCGUCUCUUCUAAAACAGUUUUUAACUGAGCACAUUAUCACACAGUGGACUCGCGUGCAAGCUGAGAUUGCUACUCUGUCAUUCUCCUGCAUCGGCUCCAUUUCGUCUAUUAGUAAAGGUGAUGGAGAAGAACCUAGCUUGGGCAAACUGGCAGCAGCACCCUUGGACGGGCUAGACAACGCCGGACCGUUCUCAAGUACGGCUGCAUACUUCAAAGCCAUCGCCGACUCCGCAGUCAAGAGAGAACAACACGAGAGCAGUCGUCGUCCUCCCGGCGACCGUCUCCCCUGGUUUGCAUUGGGCGCCUAUGUGUUUCAUGACAUUGUGCACAACACGUCCGUCUACCUACACAUGGAUGGCGAACGCUUCCCUCUCAACCACAUGGAUCUCGGCACCCAAAACAUUCUUGUGGACAGCGCGUUCAACUUCGUCGCCAUCAUCGACUGGGAAUUUGCCCAAUCGGCUCCCUGGGCCGUCAACCACUACCCAAUGCCCUUCUCGCUGCUCGACUCGGACGCGGAGAUUCAGGCCAUCUUGGCCGACCCAGCGCAUUUGGCAUACGAAAACAUGUCGAGACAGGAGGCGGCGCGUACAAUGUAUGUCAAAGGAUUUCGCGCCGCAGAGACGGCACUUCAGGAACAAGGCCGGACGCUGGCCGGCGGCUCCUUUGCAGACGUCCUGGACAGUCCUUCGUCGCGCAUCUACGCAUGCUUUACGCGUCUGGGUCGGAUGGCCAGUGCCGAUCAAGGCUUGGUGCAGGAGAUGGUACGGCUUGCAUUUGAUUUCGACAGGGAAAAGACAAAGGUUUACCUGCACGAUCUCGAAACGAAGGUUUUCGCAGAGGGAACAUCCAUACAGAAAAGUUCAUGA